AUGAUUUUUAUAUCACAUGAAAAUGAAGAAAACCAAAACUUAACUACGUCGCCACUAGCUACAGAUUAUGUCAACGAAAAAAACAGUCUGGAAUCUUUAUCACCAUUAUUUGUUUUAAAUGAGUUAAAUAAUGCAGAACGUGAAUAUCGCGCCACAUCUCCCUGUGGCUUAUACGUGGUAGAAAAAUUGGUCAACGGGAAAAAUCUGAUAGAAACAUCUAAUAAACCAACAUCUGAUGAUGAUGAUGAUGAUGAUGAGUUCCAAAAUUUAAAUUUCAUCAAGGUUCCACAUGAUAAGUCACUUGAAUGA